CCUCUUCCUCGAGGUUCACUGUUUACAAACCCUAAGUCCUAUCGACUAUCGAGAGAGAACAAUUGCCCAAUUCACUGUCAAAUUUCAACAAUAAAGAAGAAAAGAUUUUGUAUCGAAACAUGUCAGAUGAUUUGGAGAAUUCGGUGAUUAACUUGAAGCUACUCAUAGAUGAAGAGAAAAACAAAGUUGUAUUCGCUGAGGCUGGUAGAGAUUUCGUGGAUAUACUCUUUAGCUUUUCGACUUUGCCAAUGGGAACAAUUGUUAGAUUGCUGGAGAUGCAUCAGAAGUCACAGGCAGUAGCUGUAGGUUGUUUCAACAACAUCUAUGGGAGUGUUGUGAGUAUGGGAAUGAAGCAUUUCAGUACUGAAGCUUGCAAGCAAAUGCUUUUGUAUCCGGGGAGUUUGAAUCAGGAGAAAUGUCAAAAGAUUAAGCUGAAGAUUGAUGAUUCCGAGGCUACUAAAUGUUUCAUGUGCCCUAUGUUUGUGCGAAGCGGACAAUGUAGUAAAGGGUAUAGCAAUUUUAAUACCUCGAGGUGUAGCUGUGGGAAUUUGAUGGAUGCAGUGAUUCAGUUUCAAGGAGAAGGAGGCCGAGGAAGCGUGGGAAAAGGUGUUGAAGGUGGAGUAUUUGUGAGGAGUGGUCAUACUUCAUUCAUAAUCACUGAUGAUUUGAAAGUGGAAGUUAACUCUGUUGGGUCAACACUUAAUGUUCUUAAAGAUCUUGGCUAUGCAGAUUGUGAUAAGUUGGUUGAAAUGAUUCUCGAGGUUAAUCUCCAAGAGGUAGCGACUUUGCUGGUGUGUUUAUUCACAUCGGAUACUCCAUUGAGCGAUACAUUUCUGAAAAAGAAAAGCUCAUGUGGAAGGAAGAAGGGAGCAUUCUAUAUGUUGAAUGUGGGAGCAUUCUAUAAGGUUGAUCUUCUUUUCUCUUUUCUUGCUAUGCCUCUGGAAUCUGUAUGGGAAAUCUCGGGCAGAGGAAUCAUCCUUGGAUGCAUUGGAAACUUGUGCAAAAGCUUCAAGGAUUUGAGUGUUGAUUCCGGAAGAGAAGCUUCAGCUUUUAAAUGUGUUCUUCCUCAUUACUACAAGUGUCAGAAGCAGCUGCUAAAUGAGGUUGUCACUACCCAUCAGCCACCUACUUAUUACCGUUUUGUAUCCUUCUCUGUGGAUCAUUUUAGAGAGUACUGUCUGUCUGAAAACUCUGGUAAGCGACUUGUUUAUGACUGGGAUAAACUCGUGCCUGUGACUUCGAUAGAUCCAAAAACCGAAGGCAACGACACUGCUGAAUCAAGUGGCUUUGUGAAGAGAGGGACAAAGUUCAUGGUGACAGAUGAUCUGAUCAUCACUCCUUCGAACUCAACCUCAACCAUUGGAUUCUUAAAGGAGAAACAGACCCGACUAGACGAAGUGGAAAUUCGAGUGAUCAAUAUGACAAAAGAAGAGGCCAUCAGAUUAUUGGGAGCUUCAAUGGUGACAUCAUCUGCCUUAAGCACUGGUCUGCUAGCUAUAGAAUCAGCUUCAACAAGUGAUCCUCAAUGCCGGUUCUUUAAGAAGCCGAAGAUUGAGUCUGAGACUGAGACUGAGACUUGAGAAGCAAUGUUCAAACCGAAAGUUCAUGUUCUUGCUAGAUUUGAUCACUAGAGAAUCUUUUGUUUAGCAUCUAACUGUUUCAAUUACUAUAUUAGUUUUUUUGGACAUGACUUUGUCUACUCUUUUGAGUAGCAUGUAACUGUUUCAGUUACUAUAGUAGCAUCUGACUGUUUUAGUUACAUACUCUGUUUAAUUCUUUUUUGGUACUCCUCGUUUUGUUUUCUUUUGCAAGACGUUGUAGUUUUCUAAAAAGGUUUAUCUGAUAUGAAAUGGCUUUAAGUACUGCGGAGCCUAAGUUUACUUUUGAGACUUGUCGUUGAUGAAGAGAAAAAUAAGGUUGUUUUGGCUGAGGCUUGUAGAGAUUUUGUUGAUGUUCUCUUCAGCCUUUUGACACUCUAUAAAAGUGUUGAAAAGGC